AAACAACGAAUUCGUAAGUGAGAAAAGAUUCUCGGAUGACUCUCAUUAUUCUCGUACUAGCUAGUAACCCAGCUGUGGAGAUACGAUACCGGUACCGUCGUCUCAUUGAAUUGACCAGUUAAGUAACUUGCGGGGUCGAUCGGAGGGAGACUUGCCUGGAUACCGACCAAUAGAACGACCAAUAGAACGUUCCUUCCGUACAGAGAGUUCCAAGUUCCUCCAUUUUCAAGCGAUUCGAUUCGAUUCUGCGACCCAAGAACAAGUGUACUGGUAGAGCACUCGGUGUACCAUCUCACAAGAAACAUCAGAUUAUUAGAUCGAAACAUUCGAAUAUACCACCAUGCCCCGCUUCAGCAAACCUGCAGUCGAAGAUGAAAGUGGAGAACUGAUCAUGCCUGGAGCUAUGGAUGUAGUCCCUGGGGUAAACCCUGGAGAUCCCCCCAUCAUCGAACGACGCUCCACGUUUGAAUGGGACAACAACGAUAGAGCCUUGAUCAAUGUCGACGAACUGAGCGUGGCGCUGAGCGAUGACGAGGAACAUCAAUCAGAAAUCGGUCCGUCGGAACAAGAGGAAUCCAAGCCCAUGACCGCUGAUAAUGGGUCAGAUAACCAAGAAACUCCCGCGGAUGUAGAGCAAGGAUUCAAUCAGCAGCUACCUCCUCCUCAGAGGCAAACAUCAGGUGAAUCGCAACCGUCACAAUCCACUGAGAUUCCCGUUGUACCAAUCAAUGCUCCCGUGGUUGUGGCAUCUGAACAAACCGGAAAUCGUUCCUCUUCCUUGGCAUCCGAGGUAUUUGUCUGUGCCAAGGCUCCGACGGUACGAGCCACGUGGAUACGUGCCAUUAUCAUUAGCUCAUUGGUACUUGUUGGAAUGGGAAUGAUUAUCUUGACACAGCGACGCGACAAAAAGGACCCAGAACUGGUGGCAGUAGUCGGCACCCCCGCUACGGACAGCGAGAGCUUUGCACCCCCAACAUCAGAACUGGCGUAUCGCAGUGAUUUGGGAUUGCAACCAGCUGUGGCUAAGGUAGUGGACGGAACGAACAAAUUACAACCCAACUGGAGCUCUCCUUACUAUCAGGCACUCUACUGGAUUCUGUACGAAGAUCCCCUCCAAUUGACAUUGGAAGAUGACGAUGAGGCUGCUGUCCAGCAACGCUUUCUGAUGUCAGCCUUUUACUUUGCAACGUCCACAGCCAUUCGUGCACGUCGAGAUUUACAGGGCCACGACUCCUCUGAUGUUCGACAACGACCCGUGCGUCGAAGCUUUUGGAAACACUGCGGGGCUCCAUCCAUGACGGUUGCACAGUCUUCCCAGUCUGAUAUGAAUGCCACCCUCAACGACAAUACCCCAGCGCAGCCGUGUACCCAUCAAGAGCUAAUUCAAGAGAGUCCCAAAAAGUUUCGAGGACAGCGAUCUUGGAGAUGGCUCAGUGCAACGCAUGAAUGCGACUGGGCUGGAGUCGAAUGCAACGAGGAUGACCGCGUGACAUCGAUCGUGCUAGCCGACUAUGGCUUGAAUGGAAGACUGAUCGAGGAGCUGGGAUUCCUAGAGUCACUGGAAACUCUUUCCUUGCCUUACAAUGAUAACCUCGUGGGAGAGGUCCCGGCCCGUCUUGUUGGACAGGUGCAAGUCCUCGAAUUACACCACAAUCAACACGACUCCUUGUCCCUCAUGGACCAGGGCAGCCAAGAUAGUUGGCUAUCCAAUAGCCCUCUGCAAGUACUGCGAAUGGCAGGAAACAAACUCUCCGGAAGUAUUUUCGAAGAGCUUGGUCAACUCUCCGACUUGAGGGUACUCUCGCUGGAGGAGAACUCUUUGACGGGAACGUUGCCUCCAGUACAAUGGCCUCGCCUGAACGUGCUACGACUGAACCAGAAUCGCCUCAGUGGCUCCAUCCCCAGCUCCAUACUCUCUGCUUCGCCUUCUUUGCAAAUUCUGGACUUGUCUCGCAACGCCGAAAUGACUGGCCGCAUCCCCUCCGAGAUUGGGACGGCCAGCCCUGCCAUGGAGUACUUGCGAUUAGCACACUGUCAAUUCGAAGGGACGCUUCCGAUUGAACUCUACGAUUUGGCCCAGCUCGUUGGCAUCGACUUGCAAGGUAACAACCUACAAGGAACCAUGGCUACAGAGAUUGGACAGUUGAUCCAUCUGGCGGAGUUAAACUUGCAAAACAAUCACUUCGAGGGAAAUCUUCCCACCCAGCUGGGCAAUCUGAACAAGAUUUCUGAUUUCCGAAUCAAUGGCAACGACUUUGAAGGAGACAUCCCGGUGGAAUUCUGUGAUCUGGGAAUUCAAGACUUGCCCUUGGCUUACUCUGCCAAAGUCGUGGCCGAUUGCUCCCAAGAAGAUGAAGACCCCGUAUCAUCAGCGUACAACCCUUUGCACUGUCCAGAGGGAUGCUGUUCAACCUGUUGCGAAAAGUCAACUGAGAAAUGCACCCUGAACCCAUUUUCCAUCUUGGGUAUCAGGUCGGGUGGCAACACCCCUUAGGAAAAUCAAACCAAACAUCUGUACAUGUACACGUAAUGUAUGCUUAGCCACCUUCAUUGAAUCACCU